GUUAAAUAGAUAACAAGGAACAGUCACUCUCGUUGCAGGUUGCUUAUGGUUUAUUAAAUAGUUUGAUUCUUUACGGGCAGGGCACUUGUCGUUAGAAAUGCGUCUUUAUUCUCUUUGUCGUGUACUUUUGUAUCUGGUAGUUGGCUGUGGGGUAGUGGAACUUUUCAUAUUGAAUAUUGUAAUUAUUUACACUUUUAUAUCUCUGAAGCAGGAGUUUAAUGAAGUUUUUAAAAGUUCGUCAGACUUAUCUGUAAUUGACAAACUUCUCCAAAGGCCUCUGUUCCGGGACCUGAUUUACCACGGAAAGAACGGCGGAUUUCUUUCUUUGCUUCAGGAAACCCUUGAAAGAGUUUACAUUGUUUCAGAACCGUGUAGGUCUGCCUCAAAAGAUGCUCAUUUUCAACGUCAGAUCAGCUAUCUCGGCUUUGACGUUUCUAGCGCUGGAGAGGCAAAUUACUUACAAAAACGAAUUCAGUCAAGGGCCAGCCUCUUUUCUGAUCAUUACAUGUUACUGAUAGUUGACAUCGGAGCGAACGAUGGGUUAAUGUCAAGCAACUCGUUUAAUUUUAUACAGCUGGGUUGGAAUGCGACGCUUGUUGAACCACAGGUGGCUGAACUUAAUUUGGCAAAAACCAACAUUGAAAGGUAUGUAGAUCCCUACAAUGAGAACAAGCAGAUAGUAAGAUUUGUAAACUGUGUCAUCGGGGAUCAUGAUGGUUUAGAGGAUUUUGUGCUGCAAGGAUCCUCUCUAGGCAUGGAGAGCCAUGUUUAUGAUCCUCGGCGAGCUGCCUAUGAGGCCAAAAGGGGAACUGACACUGGCAGUCAGCUGAUUGUCAAAGUACAGAGUAUGACUGUGCCAACCUUCGCAAACAAGUACAAAAUUCCUGUAAAUUUUGGAAUAUUGUCUAUUGAUGCAGAAGGAUUUGGAGACAGGAUUCUUCACCAGUGGAUAGACAAUGGGUUCAGACCAGCAUAUAUAUUGUAUGAGCAACUACGCAAUAAAGAACCACUGAGCAGUACUGUUGAAUAUCUGCAAGAAAACAGUUACAGGUUUUUAACUACACGAGGCUGGAACCAUAUUUUUGAGCACAAGCAUUUGGAAGAAUGAGGCUUUUUUUGAAAUUUGGUAUAAAAGUGAAGAAGAACAGAGAAUUGGUAAAUAGGGUGAGCGAAUGCUGUAAUUUUAUGGGUUUCUUAUCAUUCCAUUGUACAAGAAAGAUUUUUUGAAAGACUUCUAGAGCUGCGCCUUUGUCACUCCAUUUACAAAUAUUUAUAUUUUUCCACAUAUAUUGCCAUUUUAUUGCUGUGCAAAAGAAAAUAAUUGUGCUUAUGUUAUGUUGUUACCAACGUGCAGCACUGAAAUAAGCUUGCCAGUUCGGAGACUGAGAUGUAAAAUUGGAAGCUACAGCUGUUUCAUUCUGAGGGGUGAAGGAAUGCGUAAAAUAAAAGUUCUUGUAAAUACUUAUGCUAUAUUUUAAACCACUUGUGGGACCUAUUAUGCAAAAAUAAUUAUUUUGUAAGCUUUUGGAGACCAAACUGCCAGCAUUUACCUUGGCUAUUCCACUUGAUCAUAUUGUUUUAAGAUCAGUAGACUGUCAUUAACUAUGUACCAAUAUGUUUUUAUACAUCUGGGUGGGAGCAGGUGUAAAUUCCAGAGAAGAUGUUCUCCAAGUAGUGUUGCAGAAUGUGAGUAAAUGUAUUAAUUUGCAGCGUUGUUGCUCUUUCUAAGUUAGUCAUUUUAUUGUGCUCUUAUUUAUACAGACUUUCUAAAAUAUAUUGGCUCUCUUUGAUCUCUUGAUCAUAUGUAUACAACAUAUCAGUGUUCCAAGUCAGUUCUCACUCAGUGUCUUUUAAAAUUAUUUUUGAAUAAUAUUACUGUGAGCUAAGCUCAGGAAUAACUUAAAAAACAUAAAUUUAAUGGAAUGUUAUUUACCUAUUAACAGCCAAGUCUGCAUUAAAUUUUGCACGUUGAGUAUGCAAAUGUGUUAUUUAAAAUAUGUCUCGUUAGAGUUUGGCAGCUGGACAUAACAGACUAAUAAAAUAAUUAAAUAUGA